AUGGCACCCAGCACGGAAGCCGCAAGUGUCUCUCGGGCCAAAGUCGAGUUAAAGUCGACGACGUUGGCCUCCUGCUCGGAUGACAUGACGGUCCGCAUCUGGGACGCCCAGGCAGGGAGGGCACAGCAUACUCUCUGCGGCCGGUAUCCUGCCUGGCCUUCUCUCGCACUGGUCUUGUGGCAUCGGGAGGGCCGACUCAACCCCGAGGCCCUGGGAUGCCAUAACUGGGCGCCCCGACGGAAUCCUCUCUGGCCAUUCAGGGCACGUGAAUGCCGUCAGCUUCACGCCGGAUGGCAAAAAGCUCGUGGCGGCCUCUGUUCGAAGCUUUGUCGGGCGGAGAUGACAAAAAUUUGGAAUGGGUACACUUGCGCGCUUCUCCAAACCCUCGAAGGCCACGAGGAGGCCAUCCGUUGCGUUGCCUUCUUCCCUAUAGGCCAUCGCAUCGCCUCUGGCUCAAGCGACAAAACUAUCCGAGUUUGGGAUGCCAAAACAGGCGAUGAGAUUCGAAAGCUAUCAUGGUCCGGCGACUAUGUUUUAUCUCUUGCGUUCUCGCACGAUGGUUCUCGACUGGCAACAGCCAGUAGCAGUUGCAUCAUUGUCGUAUGGGAUUACAAGAAGGGGGAGGUCACCCAGAAGCUUCGUGGGCACACGGAUUGCGUAACAUCGGUCGCUUUCUCGCCACAGGGUCCGUAUUUGGCUUCGUGCUCCCAGGGUUCCACGAUCCAGCUCUGGUACGACGAGCUCGGGGAACGGACAAGCGUCGACGAAGCAGAGAAAGCCGCAGACAGUCUCCCAUCCCAUGCCCACCGCAUCUGUGCACUAACUGUCUUCCUCGACGGCCGCUUCGUGGCGUCUGCCAUGACGGACGGCACUAUCCACCUUUGGGACGGCGAGACAGGCAAGCGACUGCGCAGGGCCGGGCGCAUGGGACACCACGACAGGGUGAACUCGAUCGGCUUCUCGCACGAUGGACAGGGAAAUUAG